UAUACAGGGCUCUGCCGUCUGUGCAUUUGACAUGGAACAGGUGGCCUUGAUAUUCUCUGGUCGGUUUAAAGAGCAGCGCAAUCCAGAGUCUGUAUGGACGCCUGUUCAAGAGGAUCUAAUCCCAAAGCCUCGCCCAGGUUGCUGUAUUGGCCCUUCCAUGCCCUAUAAUUCUUCUCGAAGUCUUCCUGAUGACGUGCUCAAUUUCGUAAAGUCGCAUUCCUUGAUGGAAGAGUCUGUUCCCUCUGUUGGAGGUUUUCCAUGGAUAACACGUACACUGUCAAGGGACCAGCUAACACACAUUGCUGUUGAUACAUCUUGCGGUAUAUUUGGCAAUGAAACAGUUAUUUUUCUUGGCUCCAACUCUGGAAUUGUCCUGAAGUAUCUUCUUACUCCUAAACUGGGUAUAUUUGAAAUAGAUAUCUGCAAACACAGCAUCUUGCUUGAAGAGAUCCAGACAUACCCUGCAGACAGAUGUGGUCAGGAGGAGGAAGACCAGAGAAUCAUAGGUCUGGAAGUGGACAAGGGUUCAGGAUCUCUCAUCGUGGUGUAUUCCAAAUGUGUGGUGAAAGUGCCGCUUGCACGUUGUGAUAGACAUAAUGGAUGCAUGAA